AUGGACAACACGCCGCUCCACCCGGCCAUCAUGACGUUGGCCCCGGAGAGCAGCGGUCAUCGCCACGGAGACUUCCUCGCCGCGAUCCCUUACAACCGCUCAAUGUACCGGACAACCCUCUGCCUCCGCGUCGCCUCCAUCCUGCUCGGCAUCACCAUCCUCGGCGCCUUGGGUUCGCAGCGUGACGGGGAUUUCCUGUACAGCUGGAAUUGGGCCAUGGGCAGUCCGACGGCGGUACUGGGCAUCAUCUGGAGCUUGGCGGACCUUAUCGCGCUGCUGGUGAGGGAUAAGGGGGUGCGGUGGACGAAGGACACGGGGAGGCGGCAGAGGAGUACGAGAUUCAGCUGGGGGAACACGGGGGGUCACGUCGCCGGGCAUUUACUGGUAUGGCUGCCCACGGCGGCGCUGAUGGGGGUGGUGGUGGCACAGUGGCUUGAUUAUCAGCGAGGGACGUAUUGGGUGGUUGACGCACGGCAGUCGCAUACCACGGCGGCCCUGGUCUUUUUCAUGUUUUGGUUGAUGGUUGUACAUUUUUCAUUAUUUGUUUUUGCAUGCGUCGAGGUGGACAACAUUCGCCGGCAGUACUCGGAUGUCGUCUUCGUGCCGAGAGGAGAGCUCUGUGAGAUGGUGCCGGUGCCGCCGACGACGCCGAUGGAGAUUUUCAUCCCGAGAAGGAUGAUGCUCUCCUACUUUGCGAACCAUUACGUUCGCUUCGUACCUGGGGCCGACGGGACGGUCACUGUGGCGAGGGAUUACAGCAGUCGACAAGCGAGGUUUUGA